UCAUAUUAGAGAGCAUCUACAGGUACUUAUGGAAAAGGCUGAAGAGCUAGGAACUUUACCACCUGAGUUGGGCGAAGAAGAUAUGAUCUAUUAUCUGUUCCUGAUUCAUGAUUUAAACGGAGACGGGUUUUUGGACGGGCAUGAAUUAAGAGAAGCGUUUACAGAUUUUGUUGGCCACGGAGAAAAUAACAAGAAUGAUGAUAAUGUUGCUUCUUCGUUCCAGAUUCCGAUGACAAAUAAUAAUAGUGGCUUGAUCAGCUGGUCAGAAUACCUUGAAUCUCAGUCUUAUCAUGGCCAAUAACAUUCAUAACCAUAGGAUUUCUAUUUAUUUAGAGUAAUUGUAUAAAAAUGUUGUAUAAAAGCGGUAUCAAGCUGUCUAAGGGGCCAGGUAUACAGUAUCUUGAGCAGUCGCCAUGUUUAGCAAUGUGUCCAUCUGGCCUUGUAGAUAGCAUUUUUUCGGUUACGUCCAAAAAUAACCCUCCACUUGCUUCUAUGAUCACCCGAGCAAUAGCAUUUCGUCGUUGUGUCUCACUCCAUCCAUAAG